AUGGGCGUCACACUGUCUGCACACUCAUCGCUCGCCCCAAUCUCGCUCGCAAGCACUAUUAUUGGCUUUGUCUCAUUUUCCUUUACUGUUGCUACCCUACUGCGUGUCUUUUGGGGCAAUAUCACAACGGUUCUCAAUGCUCAUGACGAGAUACACGACCUCCUGGGCACCCUUCGAGUUCAAUUGUAUGAAGAACGACAAUCUUUACGAAAUCUGCGACGCCAUAAUAAAGAAUGGGGCAAGCGACGCCGCCCCAAAGGUCUUCCCCUCCCUCGUCUCGACGACUUGACCAUCAGGUCUAUGCAGGAUACUCUCCGCCAUCUCACACGGAGGUUUAAAGCACUCGAACGUCCUUUCCUUGACAAAGAUACUGCCUCUGGCCGCCGCAGAUAUCGCAAAAGCUUCCCACCAAAUUCGAGGGACACGUGGGACUCUGAGAAAGGACUUCGCAGCCAAGAACGGGAAUGGGAUAGAGAACUCGAUGACGAGGAUGAUCCGAGAACUCAAGGAGACGUCUACUGCCAUGUCACUCUAGGCAAACGCAUUCUUUGGGUUCGUCAAAGGUCUGAUGCGCUUGCCAUCAUAGAAGCGGUCAGUCGUCUCCAAACCAGGAGAACUGCAAGACAGGUCGGUGAGAUCGCUGUCGCAUUGUACGAGUAUGGAGAUACGAUAGAGAGUAUGGACGAGGGUAUGCAGGAGAUCGAGGCCCGCUUCAGCAAAAUUGUCGGCAUACGGAGGGUGACCUAA